AUGCAGUGCCGCGCAAAAAAAGGUGGGGAUAACAGUUUUACUCCAGUUCGAGGUGGUUCUGAAAAUGUUACCACAUGUAAAAAGCAGGACUCUGUGGGGUCUGAGAUGACCCAACUCACUGAACAGCUGCGCCUCCUUAACAGUGAAUUGUGCUCCGUUAAAACGAAAUUAAAUGACCUGACCCAAUCAAUUUCUUAUACAAACGAGCGAAUGGACGAUAUUAUGGGUAUUCUCGCAACCACUAAUGAGAAAAUAAAAUACUUAGAAAAACGUGAUGAAGACGUCAAAAAUUUGCAGGUUACAGUGUCACAACUGCAAAAUGAACUAAAAAUACAAGCUCAACAGAAUAUGAGUAAUGAAGUAGAAAUUGUAGGAAUUCCUGAAAACUUGGGUGAAAAUCUGAAUCAUACAAUACUUGUAGCAGCAACGAAACUGGGAGUUGACCUAGAAGAUAAAGACUUUGAUUGGGUAACUCGUGUCAUGCCGACCACCGAAAACCGUUGCUCUACCAGAAGAUAG